AUGGCAGACGACCAGGUCCAGAUAACACGGUGGACUUCAGUGUCAGAUGAUGUGCAGCCUGUGAAGCGAAGAAGCAGCAUUGAUAUCUUGCGACCUGAGAUGUCUGAGCAGAAGGUGGUUCUUCUGGGGAACAGCUGGUCUGGGAGGAGUUCUGUUGGAAACUUCAUACUGGGAGAGAAGAAGUUCAACACUGAGGUAGAACCAGAGAGAUGUCAAAGUGUCAGAGGACGGCAGAAUGAUAGACAAAUGGUUCUGAUCAACACUCCAGAUCUGCUGCAUCCAAACAUCUCUGACGACAAACUAACAGAACAUGUAGAACUCUGUGUGAGACUCUCUGCUCCUGGACCUCAUGUGUUCCUGCUGGUUCUACAGCCUGAAGACUUCACUGAGGAACACAGACUGAGGCUACAAACAGUCCUGAAGCAAUUCAGUGAUCAAUCGUUUGAUCGCUCAGUUGUUAUGAUGUUAACAGCCAGAGAGGAGGGUUUGGUUGGGUACCCGAACCAGCCACCCAUAAACGACAUCAUCAAAAGCUGUAGAAGCACAUUUUUAUGGAGGGAGACAACUGAACAUUCAGAGCUGAUGAAAUGUUUGGACCAAAUUGAACGGGUCAACAAAGGAAGCUCUGAGUCAUCAGUGGCUUCAACAAUCUCUGACAUCAGUGUUACAGCCUCUGCAUUCAGAAUCGUGCUGCUGGGGAAAAGUGACGACAAAAAGACAAGACUUGGACAUUUAAUCCUUAGUAAAAAAGACACUCACUUCUCAAAACCAUCUUCAGUCAAUCAAUGUCCUGUCGCCGAUGGGGAGUGGAAGGGAAAAACUGUAACAAUCUGUAAACCUAAGAAUCUCUUCAGGCUGCCUGUAGAGGCAUUAGAAGAAGAGAUGAAGAGAUGUGUGGCUUGUUGUAGUCCUGGACCAAAUGUUCUGCUGCUCUUUGUAAAACCCUCCAGCUUCAAUGAGAAGAAGAGACAAAGACUGAAGCGCAUCCUGAGUCUGUUUGGGGAAGAUGCUUUUAAACACUCGAUGGUCGUCAUGACGCAUGAAGGGACUGAAAGUUCAGCUGUUAAUCAGCUGCUUGAGGACUGUGAAGAAAGACAGUACCACAUGGUGAACAAUGACCAAAGGUCCUUGAUGAAGACGAUCAGUAGCAUUGUGCAUCAAAACAAAGGAGCCUUCCUCACAAUCACAGAAGAGACAAGAAGACCAAAGUCUGAACCCAUCAAACCUCCUCUGAACCUGGUUCUGUGUGGGAGGAGAGGAGCAGAGAAGACUUCAGCAGCUGAGGCCAUUUUAGGUCAGACAGAGCUUCAUUCAGCCUCCAGCUCAUCAGUUAAAGUCCAGGGAGAGGUGUGUGGACGUCGGGUUUCCCUGCUGGAGCUGCCUGCCUUGUAUGGAAAACCUCAGGAGGCAGUGAUGGAGGAAUCCUUCAGGUGUAUCUCCCUCUGUGAUCCUGAGGGCGUCCAUGCCUUCAUCCUGGUCCUACCUGUGGGUCCCGUCACUGAUGAAGACAAGGCAGAGUUACAGACCAUCCGGAAAACAUUUGGUUCUCAGGUCGAUGACUUCUCCCUCAUUCUGUUCACUGUGGAGUCAGAUCCUACAGCUCCAGCUGUUGUUGACUUUAAAAGACAGAACAGAGACAUCCAGGAGCUCUGUCAGAGCUGUGGAGGAAGAUCUGUUGUUGUCAACAUGAAGGACAAGCAGCAGAUCCCAGAGCUGCUGGAUCAAGUGGACCAGAUGAGACAAUCUAUGGAUACACCAGAGUGCUACACAACAAGAACCUAUGCAUGUGCUGAAGAAGCAAAAGUCCGACAACAAGAAAAAAUAAUUAACACCCUGGAGGCUAAACAGCAGAGCUCAGACAGUCUCAGGAUGGUUCUGAUUGGGAAGACUGGCCACGGGAAGAGCUCCUCAGGAAACACCAUUCUGGGAGUAAAAAAGUUCAAGGCUGACUGUUUUCAAACUUCAGUCACCAAACAGUGUCAGAAAGAAGCAGGUGAAGUGGACGGACGUCCUGUUGUCGUGGUCGACACUCCUGGACUGUUUGACACAACCUUGUCUAAUGAUGAAGUUACUGAAGAGAUGGUGAAAUGCAUCAGUCUUCUGUCUCCAGGACCACAUGUCUUCCUGCUGGUGCUACAGAUCGGCAGAUUCACACCAGAGGAGAAGGAGACAUUAAAUUUAAUCAAGAAAGUGUUUGGAAAAAAUUCUAGCAUGUUCACCAUCAUUCUUUUCACAAGAGGAGAUGCACUGAAACAUCACUCAAAGUCUGCUGAAGUAUUCUUUGAAAAGGAAUGUGAUGAAUUUCUAAAGAGUCUGAUCUCUGACUGUGGAGGAAGAUACCACGUGCUUGAUAACUAUGACGAACAAAACCGAACACAAGUCAGUGAGCUGAUAACAAAGAUCGACACCAUGGUGAAGGGAAAUGGAGGAAGCUGCUUCACCAACGAGAUGCUGCAAGAAGCUGAAGCAGCGAUACAGAAAGAAGUGAAGAAAAUCCUGAAGGAGAAGGAAGAAGAGAUGAAGAGAGAGAGAGAGGAGCUGGAGAGAAGAUAUGAGGAAGAAAUGGAAGCAAUGAAAAGAAGAAUAGAAGAAGAGAGAAAAGUGACAGAACAAGAGAGAAAACUCAGAACAAAACUACUAGAAGAAAUGGAGGAAAACAUUAAGAAGGGGCGUGAUGAGAGAAAGAAAGAACAGAAAAACCGAGAAGAUGAAGAGAAGAAAAGGAAAGAGCAGGAAGAACGUCAGAGACAACAAUGGGAACAAGAACGAGAAGAUUUGGAGAAAAAAAUCAAGUCAGAAUCACAGGAAAAGGAGACCAUUGACAGAAAACUGGAGGAGAGUAGACAAGAGAUGAAAAAAAAACAAAAAAUCUGGGAGAAGAAACAAGAAGAAUGGUGGAAAAACAGACGUCAGGAGGAUGAACAGAGACGUCAGGAGGAACAAAAAAAACAGAGAAAGCUUCAAGAACAAUACGAACAAGAGAGACAGAGAUAUGAAAACCAAAGAAAAGAACAAGAUGAAAUCAGAAGACAACAAGAGGAGAGAGAGAGAAAAGAAUCAGAGGAAAAGUACAAGAAAAACAUGGAGGACAUGAAGAAGAAAUAUGAAGAAGAAGCAAGAAAACAAGCUGAAGAGUUCAAUGAGUUCAAAGAGAAAUACAGCAAAGACUUUGAAGCUCUGAUAGAAAAACACAAUGAGGAACUGCAGGAUCUGAAGAAACAGCAUGAAGCAGAAAUACAACAGCAACAAGGAGAACACAGCAGAGAGUACCGACUGUUAGAGAACCUGUCAAGUCACAAAGAACAGGAACUCAAAGGUAAAAUAGAGAGAAAAGAUACAGAACAAAAAGAGGAGAGGGAGAAAAACCAGACACAAAUCAAACAAUUAGAGGAACUUAGAAAGAGACAAGAAGAAGAAAUGAACAAGUUCAUUAACUUGAAAGUCAUACAAAUCCGUAAAUGCACCAUCUCCUAAUGAUCCCUCCUACUGUUCAGCAGACAUCCCAGCAGUAGAUGUAAUGACAGAACACUGUUGUGCUGCAUUCGAUUGAACAGGUGCAUCUAAUGAAGUGGACACUCAGUGUAGAUCAGAACAUAAUCAACCAACCUAUAUCCCAUUUAACUGAGUUUUUCUUUGUGUUUGACACUUUUAUUGUGACCAAAUAACGAUAAACCUUUUUUUUUUUAGCAGAGCAUGUUGUCACUUUGGUAUAUGUGGGAAUCUGGAUUGAUGAGAAGCUGAUUUCUGACUUCAUAUGUUCACACUGGUGACUAAACUAGAACAAACUGCAGGAACAAACCAUGUUUCCUGCUGCAUUGUUGCUUAAUGAUCUUGUUCAAGGACUGAACAGUCCCUGCUGAUGCAUGCAGGUACAAAAUGCUGUCAUAAUCCAACACAGAAAAUUCAGUGAUCAGCACCAACACUGAUUCUGAUUGAUUACUAUUGUUUGUGUUGUGUCCCAUUAUUAACAAUAACUCACAAUUAUGAUAAAUGAAACCCAGAGUCUGUCAGGUUUACAGGGAGGGAGGACCACCCAGCCUCAGCGAUGACCAUCACAACUAUCACCAGUUAUAAACCGUAAUGCAGAGAAACAGAUACAAUCCAGAGCAACACUUUUUAAAAUGACACCUAAUACUUAUUGUAUGAAAAAUACUAAAUUGUUUGUCUUUUCUUAUUCUUCUUAAAAAACAACUAAACAAAAUAACAACAAAACAAAACAACAACAGGGCAUCAUGUAAGCUGCAUUGAAAGGUUUAAAAUCCUGUAAAUGAAUGAAUUUAGGGAGUUGAGAUCAGGAAGGAUGUGCAUGACAACAAUUUGCCUUUGAGAGUGUUAAUAUAGAACAUCUUUACAGUGUUUGAAAACGAGGACUUUGUGUUUUUAAGAAGUGGGAUUGGGUUUGUUUUUUAUUCUGACAUAAAAAAUAAUGAUGCAGAGUGAAAAUCCCCUUUGUACUGAUUGUAUGGAAAAUAACAGAUUAUUGGUUUUUGAAAUUUCAAAGUAGAACAUUAUAUUAACAGACAUGAUUUUGGCGGCAUUGUUUUUAAUGUGGACAUCUUUCUUUUGAUGUACCUCUCUGUGACUUCUGUCAAGUGAGGUCAAGAACUGAGAUCCCAGAAGCAGCCAGCAAGAAGAGACACUGGCACUGCUUACACAACUUAGAAGACUCUGUAAAUAGAAAUGCUGCAAUCUGGUGACUGAGUGUUUCAAUUUGAAAUGAUUAUUUUAACUCUGUAGUGAUUUCUUGUAACUGUUGAAUUAUAGCUGCAUAGUUAAGAAGUGGUGAACAGGACACGUCUGAACAUGUUAAGAGGUCUUUGUCCUCAAAGAGAGGUCACUGUCUGAGCAGCCGGCAGUUCCUGUUUUUACCAAAGUGUGCUUUUCUGUUUUUACCAAAUGAGGAUUAACUGCUGGUGAUCGAAUGCUGAGCUCAGAAUGAGUCAACUUAAUGAAUAAAUCCUGUGUGUGUGUGCUAAAGAUAAAGUGUGUGUUAGAAAUAAGUGUGUGGAGGGGGACAGAUGUGUGUAACUCAUGAGUGUCUAUGGGAGAGUCAACAGUCCAAAAAGACAUGACAAAGAGACUUUAGACGGAGAUCGUUGGUGGAGAAUGCUCAUGUCAGAGAAUGAUGGUGGAGUUCUUCACUGGACAUCGUUGGACUUUUUAACACUCUUUAACACAAUUGGAGAAGUCCUGAUGGGUCUACAAUUCAACUCAAGAGGAGCAGCAGAACCCCUUUCUGUGUUCUGCUUGAAGAAAUCUUGUCUUCCUUCCCCAGCUUAAUGCAAAAUAACUGCAGAGCUAAUUGGAGUCGGGACUUCUCAUCUCCCCCUUAUUGAGGAGGACUAUUGCUGAGGACUGGGACUCUGUAUGGAGUUUCCAACCCUCGGAAGAAGGUCAACAUCAGGCAGAGUUGGUCGGCUCAGGCCAAGCUGUCUGGCUCCCUCCCUCCCUAAAGAACUUAUUAGACAUCUACUUUAGAAAAGCUCAUUUUUAUCAUUUUUAUCUGAAAUAAUCCAUUUUAAUCAUGUUUGAACAAAUGAAUAAGAGCUGUUACUUUGCCCUUGCUAAUGUUUUGCAAUAAAGAUUUAAUAAUCUUGAAUUUGAAAA